AUGGAAGGUACGAUUCAAUGCUCGGCCAAUUACGUACCCUUGUCUCCUUUAAGCUUCCUGGAGCGAGCAGCGUUUGUGUAUGGAGGUAAGGAGUCCAUUGUUUAUGGCAGCACAAGAUAUACAUGGAGAGAGACUCAUGAAAGAUGUAUUAAGCUCGCGUCUGCUCUAUCGCAGCUGGGGAUCAACCGUGGUGAUGUU